GUUCACUCCGAGAUUUCACUGGAAGAGAAAGUCGGAGAUAAUUUAGCGCAGUUUGCACUCUCAAGUGAGGCUUCUUUUACUCCGGCAAUAAACUCACAAGUCACUGACAAUGGCUGACUUCAACAAAGGUCCUGCCUACGGCUUUUCAGCGGAGGUCAAAAACAAGAUUGCUCAGAAGUAUGACCCCCAGAAGGAGGAGGAGCUAAGGAUCUGGAUUGAGGAUGUGACUGGCUGCUCCAUUGGCCCUGACUUCCAGAAAGGCCUGAAGAACGGAGUCAUUUUGUGCGAACUGAUCAACAAACUUCAGCCAGGCUCAGUGAAAAAGAUCAACCAGUCAGCAAUGAACUGGCAUCAACUGGAGAACCUGACUAACUUCAUUAAAUCCAUCACCACAUACGGCCUGAAGCCCCAUGAUAUCUUCGAAGCCAACGACCUGUUUGAGAAUGGGAACAUGACGCAGGUCCAGACAACGCUGCUUGCGCUUGCCGGCAUGGCCAAGACCAAGGGCUGCCAGUCACGGGUGGACAUUGGUGUGAAGUAUGCUGACAAGCAGGAGAGGAUGUUUGAUGAGGAGAAGCUGAAGGCUGGGCAGUGUGUCAUCGGCCUGCAGAUGGGAACCAACAAGUGUGCCAGCCAGGCCGGUAUGAAUGCCUAUGGCACAAAGAGACCCUUGUAUGACCCCAGAGCUCACAUCCAGCCCCCCAUGGACAGCUGCACCAUCAGUCUGCAAAUGGGCACCAACAAAGGGGCAAACCAGACUGGAAUGAGAGCCCCAGGAACCAGGCGUGCCAUUUAUGACCAGAAGCUGGGCACAGACAAGUGCGACAACAGCACCAUGUCCCUGCAGAUGGGAUACACCCAGGGGGCCAACCAGAGCGGCCAGAACUUCGGCCUGGGACGGCAGAUCUGCGACAGCAAGUACUGCCCCAAAGGCUCCAAGGAAGACAGGCAUCAGAAUGGGGCCGGUGGCGCCCGCGACUACAUCCCAGAUUACCAAGACGAAGGUUACCAAGGUUAUCAGGAAGAGGAGCAGGUCUACCAAGAUGAUGGGACUGAUUAUUAGAAGGAAGGAGUGAGGCCAGGAAGGGAGUUGAGGAAGGUUUCAUAAAGGAGGCAUGAUCAGAAAACAGAAGAAAAUCUCAAGGCAGGCUUUUUUAAAUUUUUAUAUUCAUUGGAUGUUUCACCAUUUUUGGGUGGUCUUCCUUUUUUAGUAUUGCAUAGAAUUGUCCUCUUACCCCUCUCUGGGCAAAAGCGAUGUUACACAUAUCACAAUGAACUGUAUUUUUUUUUUUUUUUUGUAUACAGCUUUUAAAAAGGCUCUUGUGUUUAGAAUAUAACCACAGCAGCCAGUAUUUUGGCUAAGCAGAGAGUAGUGUUUGUCUCCCAGGGAUUUUUUUAAUCUGCCAAAUCCCACCUUGUAUUUCUCCUUGUUCAGUGUUUUUAAUUCAGUUUAUUGCAUCCAGCGACAUCCCUAGGUUCAUGUAAGGGUUACAUUAAAAUGAAAAUGAAAGAUUAGGGAGUUUUUCUGUUGACUUUAGAUAAAGUGUCUUAAGAUCAAAACACCUGAACAUGUAUUUAUCCAGAACAGCUGUAUCCUCUGUGUAAACAUAAAUUGUAUUUCUUUAUUUCUGAUUUGAUUGGGAAUGUCUUUUUUUUAUAUAUAUAUAUGUUACUGCUUGCAUCCAUUCAGUAUCAAUGGCUGACAUACUGGAAGCAGCUUUGGUUGUUUGUUCAGACAGAUGAGGGAAACAUAGAUUUGUGGGAACAAACCACUGUCUUACUAUGAUAUUCUUUGUAUCUCUGCUGUUCCUCAUUUCAGUCUUAUGUUUCCUGUGUAAUUUUUUUUUAAUAUUUUGUUUUAAGCAGAGGAAAUAUUUCCUUUGUUUGCAUAACCGGUCCAACUGGAGCCAAGCUUGUUUUCUUUGGAUUAAAGACAUUGGGGGGAAAAAAAAAAUCACAUUACUCAAAAUAUAGGCUACUCAAGUGAAGUUGGAGGCAAGAAUACUGGAUUCUUUUUGUGUAAUGUCUCAGUGAAUCAUGCUUAAAUAAUGGUUGAUGUGUGGACCAAUCAUACAAUCAUAUUUGAAUACAUAAAUCUGUUAUUUAUACAUAUGUGAUUUAAAUGUAGACCUAUUUUGUACCAUGACUCUGAAUAACAUUUUGGUAUUGAGACUACAGUUUUCCUUCUGGAUCCAUCUUUUGUUUUUUUGCCAAUGGAAAAAAUGUUGAAAUUGCAAAACAUGUUUUUGUGAAUAAAGUGUAAUAAAUAUGUACAUUA